UCCGGGUGGGAGCAGUUCACUCCCGGUGGCUCCACAGCGUCCCCACCUCGUGUUGUUCCGAUUAUCUUGGGACCGGGCCGUACCACGGCCACACGCUGCACACGCUGACCUGGCAUCAAUGCACCGACACAAAGUUGAGGCAAACAAACCCAUUCACGGGAGGGAAGCCAUCCAAGGACACAUCAGGAGUGACUAAAUCGUCCGUGUUCCAAAAUGAGCCCGGCCUUGUUUGCCGAAGAUCACAAGUUGGUGAUUCCCGUCCUCCUCCUCCUCUUCCACGUCCCCUUGACGUGUUUGUCGCAGUCAUCAUCAGCAAGCAACAUCAGUAAUGGGACCUCGGUCACGUCCUCCUCGAACUCCACCCCCCAUAAGCCGAUUCCAGGCUGCCGCCCAGGACUGGACCCGCUCUACAGGUACCUGUGUGACCGCAGAGCGAUGUGGGGCAUCAUCCUGGAGACCCUGGCCUCCUCCGGGUUCCUCUUGAGUAUGUUCCUCCUUGUCGGCCUCCUCCUCUGGGCCCUGUGGAUCUGCGUCUCCUUGCGGCAGCAGCGCAGCAACAUCGGGGGCACCGUGGCCUGCACGUCCUUGUUCCUGUUCGCCACGGGUGGCACCUUUGCCAUCACCUUCUCCUUCAUCAUCCAGCUCAGCCCUCAGACGUGCCCCACCAGGCUCUUCCUGUUCGGCGUCUUCUUCUCCUUGGCCUUCUCGUGCCUACUGACUCGCUGCCUGGCUCUGCUGGGCUUCGCGGCCGCUCGAGGGUGGGGCGAGCCCGCCAUGACUCUUGGGCUUUUCGCCAUUCAGGUGAUCAUCUCCACGGAGUGGCUCCUGCUGGUCUUGGUUCGGGAUCAGAAGCCCUGCGAGUACAGCCAAGACGAGUUUGUCAUGCUUCAGAUCUACGUCCUGUGCCUCCUGGCCGUCAGCUUGAUCCUGUCCACCCACUUCCUGUGUCGCUCCUGCUUCACGUACAGCUACAGCUACGCGGGAGCCACCCACCAAGUGAGCAGGCAACAGGCUGUACUCCUCUUCCUCACGCUGUUGCUCUCCGCCGGCAUCUGGGCAGCGUGGAUCGCAAUGCUCACCAGAGGGAACUUGAGGUCGGGCCGUCGGCCGCAGUGGGACGACCCGGUGCUCGCCGUGGCCUUGGUCGCCAACGGCUGGGUCUUGUUGAUGGGGCACGGCCUGUCGCAAGUGGCCUUCCUCUGCAGGGGGGAGGCCAAAUCCAAGGAGAUCCCGCUGAGCUUUGCGGGUUGGACCAGCCCCAGCGCUGACAUCCCGGGAUUGAACAGUCCCAAGGCGGGUACAGAGAACGGAAGCUUCGAGAACGAGACGGAAAACAGAAGAGGCUGGCGAGCUGAUCCAACACUGCGAUCACCAUACGAGUCGGGAUUCUCCAUGACGGAAAUUGACCCCAAUAAAGAUUACACCAUCCCUCGCCCUCAGACCACCAACUACGGAGAACCAUAUGAUGAAUAUUACGGACAAUUUUAAACUCUCUCUCUCUUGGACAACUACAAGAAACGGAUGCUCUGCUUGGUUGAAAAACAAUUCAUGUAUUGGUUGAUUGUAAAUAUUGUGCGGUAAAACCAACUCAAAUACAGAAGGUACAAGUACGACUGGGUAAUGCUGGUUUUUGGAGGUACAGUAUAUGCCAGUCUACUUCAUGAGCACUGCCAAGGUGGCUGGAACCAUCAACUCUAAUUUUGCUUCAUUAUAAGAAUCCCGUUACUUACACCUGUCAAUACACAGAAAAUUAUACCCAUCCAUCCAUUUUCUUAGCCGCUUAUCCUCACGAGUUACGCAGGGAGUGCUGGAGCGUAUCACAGCUGUCAACGGCCAGGAGGCGGUGUACAACCUGAACUGGUUUCCAGCCAAUCGCAGGGCACAUUGAGACAAAAAGCCACACUCAUAAUCACACUUAGGGGAAAUUUCGAGUGUCCAAUUAAUGUUGGAUGUUUUUGGGAUGUGGGAGGAAACCGGAGCGCCUGGAGAAAAGCCACGCAGGCACAGGGAGAACAUGCAAAUUCCACUCAGGCGGGGCCGGGAUCGAACCCAGGUCCUCAGAACUCUGAGGCCAACGCUUUACCGUCUGAUCCACCUAGCCCAGAAAGAUAUACAAAAAAUAAUAAAGUUUGCAAUGGACAUAGCAUUAUUGUAAACAAUAUUUG